GGUUCUGGUUGGUUUUCCUGGUUGUUGGUGGUUACUGGAAACAACAGUGUUCAGUCAAAUACAUUUGCAUGAGUCCGCUGCAUUGCUCUGUCUAUUCAAAAUAGUGAGGGACAGUAUAAAGGUACAUUGACAGAGGACAGGUGAAUACAGGACAGGAGCGAGCCUGUCUCAUCAGUGACGAUGGGGUCAGUGGUGAUGGAGUCCGGUCUGAUGGGGUCUGUUUUGAUGGGAUCCAGUCUGAUGAGGGCCAGUGUGAUGGGGCUUGAGAUGAUUCCUGGUUUCCAGGUGAUGAGUGACCUUCUGACGAUAAAAGAGAAGAACAUCAUUAUCAGCCUUGUAGAGCCACACUGUACGCUGAUGAAGUGCACAGUGGCCCAGGUGCUGCAGUCCACAGAGGAGCCAGAGGGGGCGCUGUGGAGGAGUUUGGGCUGUGGAGUCCUGUGUGUGAUUAGAGACAGCUCCAUCAACGCCUACUUCCUGCGCCUCUUCUCUGUUCAGAAGGCAGAGCUGCUGUGGGAGCAUGAGGUCUAUGUCCCCUUUAAGUACACCGUAUCCCGCACGUACUUCCACACUUUUCCGGCCGACGGACAUCAAACCGGGUUCAACUUCGCAGAUGAAACAGAGGCAGAGGAGUUUCAUUUUGCUGUGGAGACUAUUAAAGAAGAUCUAGACAAGCUUUCACUUGAAAACACUUCCGAGAAAUCUGACGUGUCAUCUGAGAUCUCUGAUGCAAGAGAAAAACCUUCGUCCCACACAGAGACAGAGACGAGCAGCCCCACAUUGUCACCAACAACUGCUUCUACUUUUGAGCAUGACAGUGAGACGUUCCUGAAGAGGCUCUUGUCUCAGAGUCAUCUCACAGAGGAGGACCUGAGGAUACGCAGUGUGAGUGACAUUGUGGAUCACAUCAUCUCUCAGUUAGGAGGAGUCCAGGCUGCACAGAAGGAGCUGCACAGAGGGCUCUUAGGAUCCGGCUCCAAGACCUUACCUCGCUCUACAGGCUCCGCCCUGUCUCAAAAAAAAGGCCCUCUGCCCCAGACCCCCUCUUCAACAGGACCCCCCAUCACAGAACAGGAGCCUCUACUGUACUCUAACACUGCACCUGUGAGGGUCAAGAAGAGUGUAAGUUUCAGUGCCCCUGUGGAUGGAGGAAAGAAUGCCAUGUUGUCUGCGCUCACAGAACUGUUCAAGAAAAAACAGCUUCUGCAAAAUGAGGAGAAUGAAAAUGAAUAUCAAAAUGAAAAGUAAUAUUGAUAUUAUUAUAUCUAUGUAAUAGUGCUUGUAAACUGCUUCAAAUAAUUGAUAUAACUGUCAAAAGUUAUAUGAUGUUAAGUCCUCCUAUAAUCCAAUAAUAAAACCAGAUCAGAUGUUUUCUUAAUAAGAUAAAAUGAGGCAAGGGAAAUGAAUUCACAUGAAAGUAGAAAUAUAUUAUUUUUCUAAAUUCAAGCCAAAUAUUAAAAUAUAGCUAUGACAAAUCUCUUCAUGAGAGAUGUUUAAGAGGAGUGUCAGGAGUCUGUGGUUUUGCCUGUAAGAUGUACAGUAUUUCAUUAUAGUGACUGUGUACCUGUGUUUAUUUAAUUGCUUCCUCAUAACAUAGCGAGUGUUUCUCAAGAUGUGGAGAUCCUUCAGGUCGUAC